AUGGUCGACGAGGCGAACAAACGAGCGACUCGAAGCAAUCAACAGAGAGCGAAAGAUUUGACAGGAGACAACUUGAGUGGUACACCUGCAGACGGUAAUCCUACUCAAGUUAUAGAUCAAGAACAAGAGAUCAUCGACAGCGAAAGUGAUGAAAGCGAAACCUUCAAAGAGAUGACGGGUCAAGAACCCCCGAAGGAGAGAUACAAAGAACUCCUGUCGAACGUACCAGAUCCAACCACGGUAGACGAUCCGUCCAUCACUCACGCAGACCCAUCAGAUUCGAAUACCGGCAACGCCGCGUUACCGUCUGAAACUCAUGAUCUCCUAGCAAUACCAUUGCCUAAAUCAGACAAGGCCAUCUUGUGGGACAAAAUCGCCGAAGCGGUGGCAGCGAACGACAAGAAUAACGCCGACUUCUUCAUAAGGCUCUACUCGCAGAUUAGCGAUCCAAACACCAUCACCAAACCUGACUUAUUGAGAGCCAAAACUAACGAUGCAGCAUCCGCUCUCACCACGGCGAACACAUCGAAGAAAUCAAGUGAUAAAACGUCCAUCAUCUUUGUAAGAGGCUCCCUCCCAAAACACUUUGAUGUCGGCUUCACGCCUUACUUCGACAAGAAUAUAAAAGAAUUAAGGGGUCCAAUCCCUUUAACCAUUUUCGACAAGAAAUGGCAGGAGGACGCCAUACAAUAUCACACCAAUAAGCGCUCAAAAGGUGAUGAGAAAGAUGGGAAUUACACGGGUUUCGAAUACCCCAACGAGUGGACCCAAACCUUUGCCAAAUGGACAUCCAACCAUCGGAACUUCCAUAUCACCUUCAGAGAUAUGUACAACUACCCUGAUUUCGCUGAAUGGAUUCUAGAACACAAAACCAACGUCGAUCGUAUAAUAUCCGAAGACGGAUUUCUAGUCGGCUUCCGUUACGAUUUGAUAAUCCGGCAGAACGCUUUCUCCUAUCAAGUCGAGACCGAACAGGGGACGUCAGCGGUCGAUAUAUCAAUCUUCCGGAAGGAGGUGAAACGAGAAGCAUGGAAGGUUACUAGAAACCUUGAAGAACUCGACUACUCCGACAACCCUUACGCCUUCGGUGGACCGAAAUUCAACUUCGACCCACAAACCGGAAAACCAAGACUGCCCAAGGUUAAAUACUCGGAAGAAAGCCACCUAUCUGACAAUCGCUACCAACCUAGAGGAAGGGGCGGUUUCAGACAAGGAAGGGGAGGGGAUAGAUUUAAUCAAGAUCGUCGGCACUCAGACUUCGGCUCAUACCGUGACGAAUCUUACAACCAAGACAACACAGGUAAUUUCAACAAACGACCGAGAGAUUUCUACCAAAAUGAAGACUCUGGUAGCGCUAGGUUUGACUCACAUCCAACCCGAGGAGGAUUCUCAAAAGAUAGAGGAGGCUUUGGUAGAGAUAGAGCUUUUAAAGGAGCGAGCAAGUUAGAUACGCCAAAAGGCAAAGAGAAAGAUAACGUAAUCAAAUUAAGUGACCUAGUGCCUGUGUCCCAGAAUCUUCCAGACGCCCCUUGGCCGACCGAAGUAACCUGUGAGAUGAAUGUUAAAGCAUGGGGAGCCGCAUUGAACCUGCACAAUUUAUUGCCGGAGUAUCAGGAUGUGCUAGAUGGCUUCACACAUGGUUUUGAUCAGGGAAUCCCUCAUCACACAAUCCCAGGACUCAAACAUUUCACUCCAGACAAUCACAGUUCAUCCAGGAAAGUAAAAGAAAAAGUUGAAGAGUCCAUCAAGAAGGAAUUAGUAGCUCGAAGGAUGUUCGGCCCAUUCAGUCUAGCUACGGUAAUCAAAAAUUUCGGGUUCUGUAGAUCAAAUCCUCUCGGAGCGGUAGUAAAUGGAGACGGAGCAAUACGUCCCAUAAACGACCUAUCUUUCCCCAAGCACGACUCACUAGUAAAAUCUGUUAAUUCGUACGUGAAUAAGGCGGAUUUUGAAACCACGUGGGAUGAUUUCCGUAUUGUCUCCGACUUCUUCGCAAAGGACAACAGGAAGAUGGAACUAGCCCUGUUCGAUUGGGAAAAAGCCUAUCGACAAAUUCCCACGAGGAAAGAUCAAUGGAGAUAUUUGAUGGUCAAAGAUUUUGACGGAAAUUUCUUGGUCGACACGAGGAUCACCUUUGGAGGAGUGGCAGGUUGUGGUUCAUUUGGGAGACCGGCCGAUGCCUGGAAAUUAAUCAUGAAAUCACAUUUCAAGCUGGUAAAUAUUUUUAGGUGGGUCGACGAUAAUCUGUUCGUCCGGUUACAAGGAGAAAAUAUUUCAAUGGAAGACGUUGUGGACAUGUCUCACCAUUUAGGUGUUUUGACAAACAAAACCAAAUACUCCCCUUUCAAAGCUGAACAAAAGUUCAUAGGUUUUAUCUGGAACGGAAUAGAUAAAACAGUAAGGCUUCCAGACGGGAAAAUAGAAACUCGAUUGAAUCAGAUAAGGCCAUUUAUGGCAGAAAACGCAAUGUUCGAUUACGAGGACGUAGAAAUUCUAAUUGGACGCCUAAAUCACGUCUCAUACAUAUUGCCACACCUGAAGUGUCAUUUGUGCUCCCUAUACCGAUGGCUAAUUUCGUGGCAGUUCCGCAAAGCUUUAAGACCGACCCCACCGGAUGUGCUAGAAGAUCUGACAGUCUGGACAGAUACAUUAAAUUCUUUUGAACAUACUAGAAUCAUUAACUAUGGCCCACCGGUAGAUAUCGGCUGGGUAGGAGAUGCAUCGACUUCUUUUGGUAUAGGAAUACUCAUCGGGAAGCACUGGGCCCAAUUCAAAUUACACGAACCGAAGACGGUCUCCUUACGAAUUUCUUACUUAGAAACAGUCGCAAUACGUUUAGGGCUGCUGAUGUUACUGAAACUUCAGGAUCAAAGAGGGAAGACGCUCAUAGUCUGGACUGAUAAUACUACAACAGAAAACGGAAUUAACAACAAGAAAUCUAAGGAUCGUGCGGCCAAUACAGAAUGGAUGCAUAUUCAGACCAUACUGGUUGCGGAAGGGAUUGAGUUACUAGCUAAAAGGGUUUCAUCCAAAAACAAUAAAGCUGACGCUUUGUCCCGUGGCAUUAGGUCAGGCCAAUCAGUCAAGUACCAGGUGGUGGUAGCGAUGCCUACGGACUUGCAGGAGUUCCUGGAGCAGAGACAUUCCACUCCUCCUCCAAUUCACUCAGCACAUCGUAUCGACAUAAUGAAGGACUUUACGUCUACAGGCUUCUCUUUAAAGACCCCCUCAAAUAUAGAUUUACAUGUAUUAAAUGGAUGGAGAGGGAAUACGCUCCGCAGCUAUAACUCUGCUGUACGAAAAUUUCUGAAAUACGCCAAGGAAGAGGUACGACAUCGUUUCGAACUCCCGGCGACACAGGACGAGAUCAUCGGGUUUUGUUAUUGGGCAGGCCGCAAGGAAAACGAGGUCACCUCAAACGACAUAUCCGGGAAGAUGCUUGCCAAGUACCUACACGGGAUUAAGGCGUGGCAUACCUACCACGGGGUACAAUACCCCUCUCAAUCAGAUGGGAGGGUCGCUCUCAUGAUAAAAGCGUCAAUGAAGGCGGACGCCCUUACGACUCCCCAGGUGGCUAAACGACCAAUUAUGAUCAAUCACUUGCUGUUAUUGUACGGGUACCUGUCUAAAUCAGACGCGCAGAGCAGGGCACUCCUUGACAUGGCGAUAGUCGCCUUUUGGGGCAUGGCGCGGCUUGGAGAACUGACAUGCAAAAUCAGUCACGGCGACCUACAAAAAGAUGAAGGACCGCUUAUCUCAGACGUCAAGAUUGCCAAAGACGCGAACUCGGCGACUAUCGCUCUCAGAUUUGCGAAGACUGCCGUCGGAGGAGCAGUUCAGCAUCUCUUCCUCACGGCUACAAAUAACAAGCUCUGCCCAGUGAAGGCGCUCGUCAACCGCAUCACCGGGGGCGCUCCUAAGGACUCCCUCUUCGGUAUCUACUACAAAGAGGGACGCACUCAUUUGACGAAGGGUUACUGCACCCGCAGGCUGCAGACAGCCUGGAGAGACAUUGGCCUGGACGGCCUGUCCGGUCACUCAUUUCGCGUUGGUGGCGCAUCUUUGCGCAACGCACUGGAGGUUGAUAUUGCUACUAUUUGCAAACUAGGUCGUUGGACGUCCAGCUGUUACAAGUUAUACAUCAAAGCGUACUCGGGGGAAGAUCUGCGUACAACACUUUGUAUCUUAGAAGAGUUAGACACUAGUGUGACUACCCUAGAAGUUUGA